GGCGGCGGUGCGGGCUUUGUCGGCGGGCCGUCGUGUCGCCGCCGGUGUCCGGAUUCUGACCUAGGACACUUGUGACAAGAAGGUGACUUUGGAGCCUGAAUUUCUGAGGAUGGAAAUCUGCCUGAGACCAUGUCAGAAACACUCACAGUGAUGGAGUACCCUGCCUCUGAGUCUGGGGCAUUCCCUGCACCCAGAUUAGAGGGACUUUUGGGAAACUCAGAGGGGAGCUGCCCCCCUCAGGAGGGCGAUUUCAGGGGGGUGACAAUUACCCAUUGGAAGAUCCAAGCAGGAGAGGCUGCUCGGGUGGGCAGUAAAUCAGGAGAAAGCCCAGUUCUAAGCUCAAACCUCCUUCUUCUCCAGAGAGAGCUUGUGGAAGGGGAAGCCCAUCAGUGUGAGAUUUGUGGCAAAAGCUUCACAUUUAACUCGGACCUAGUUAGACAUCAGAUUUCUCAUGCUGGGGAGAAACCUUACAGAUGUGAGCAGUGUGGGAAAAGCUUCAGCCAGAGCUCUCACCUUGUUGAGCAUCAGCGAGUGCACACUGGAGAAAGACUCUAUGUGUGCAACAUGUGUGGAAAGGACUUCAUUCACUAUGCAGACCUCGCUGAGCACCAGAGAGCACAUACAGGAGGAAAACCAUUCCGAUGCAUGCAGUGUGGGAGAGCCUUCCAUCACAGCUCAGACCUGGUUCGGCACCAGCGAGUUCACACCCGGGAGAGGCCUUUUGAAUGCAAGGAGUGUGGGAAAGGCUUCAGCCAGAGCUCAUUGCUUAUUCGCCAUCAGAGAAUUCACACAGGAGAAAGACCUUAUGAAUGUAAUGAGUGUGGAAAGUCCUUCAUUAGGAGCUCGAGCCUUAUUCGACAUUAUCAGAUCCACACAGAAGUGAAACAGUAUGAAUGUAAGGAGUGUGGGAAGGCCUUCCGUCAUCGCUCAGACCUCAUUGAACAUCAGAGAAUUCACACUGGAGAGAGGCCCUUUGAAUGUAACGAAUGUGGGAAAGCCUUUAUUCGGAGUUCAAAGCUUAUUCAACAUCAGAGGAUCCAUACCGGGGAAAGACCUUAUGUGUGCAACGAGUGUGGGAAGCGCUUCAGCCAGACAUCAAACUUUACCCAGCAUCAGAGAAUUCACACUGGAGAGAAACUCUAUGAAUGUAACGAAUGUGGGAAAGCUUUCUUUCUGAGUUCGUACCUUAUUCGACACCAGAAAAUCCACACUGGAGAGAGAGUGUAUGAAUGUAAAGAAUGUGGGAAAGCUUUUCUCCAGAAAGCCCAUCUCACUGAACACCAGAAAAUCCACACUGGGGAUAGGCCCUUUGAAUGUAAGGACUGUGGGAAAGCUUUCAUUCAGAGUUCCAAGCUGCUUCUGCAUCAGAUUAUUCAUACCGGCGAAAAGCCCUAUGUAUGUAGUUACUGUGGGAAAGGCUUUAUUCAAAGGUCAAACUUCCUUCAACACCAGAAAAUUCAUACUGAAGAGAAACUCUAUGAAUGUAGUCAGUAUGGGAAAGACUUCAGCUCAACCCCAAACUUUAAAAAUAAUCAAGGUGUUCACCAAGAGGGACUUCCCUUGAGUAAGACUGCCAUGCAUGUGGGUGAGAAGUCUGCAGGUCAGGGGGAACACACAGAUAACUUAUAAAAUAUUUACUCUCCAACUCAGUGAUGUUUAGAAGGAGUAGCAUGACUCCUAACUGCCGCGACUUUGGAUGUGUCGGCGUUUUCCAAAGUCCUCAGUAGGGCUGCUUUCAGAUUGGGCUGUCACCUACCACUGUGUACAGCACUGGGCUGCUGUCCUCCCCACUACGAAUGUGUGACAUCAGGAGAGCCACGUGACUGGACAGCUGAUGGAGCUGGAAUAAUGCUGGGGGAGGGGCUAGGUCUAAAGAAGCUUUCUGCAUGUUACCGCACAGUUAUAGUCCAUCCGAGUUAAAGAUACUUUUUAAAGCAGAACUGUGUAUCUAAUCUUAAUACUUAAAAGAAUAUCACAUGGUUAAUUUUGGUCUAUCAAAAAGGCAAGUUGGAGAAAGACCUUCGUUAUUUCAAACCACAGGUUGGUUCCCCGUUGUCCUUAGGAUAAUUUCUAAGCUCCCAGUCCUGCUUUGUAAGGCCUUUUGCUUCCUGGAGUUUCAUCUCCCACUCCUUAACCUCCCGCCGCAGCAGCUCUAACUGCUUGACAUUCCCGCUUAACCCAUGCUGUACUUGCCUCCUCUUUGUCUUUGUCUAAACGCUCUCCACCGCACACCUGGUUCGCUCCUUAUCCGGAGUCAAGACCUGGGUAGGCUCAGCCAGCUACCCCUCUGUGCUUGUUGGCUGGCAUGCACUUCUGUUACUGCACUUGCUUUGGGGUAUCAAAUGAUGUUCUUAUCUACCAUCUCUCAUUAGUACACUACUAAUCCCUUAAGGACUUGGUCAUAGUCGAUGGGUUCAUGUGUCCGUGGCACCUGGUGCAGGAAGAAGCGCAGCCGGAUCUGCGUGUCACUGGCUCUUCUCACUUGUGCUGCUGUAGUUUACAUUUUGGGGUUUUGUUGUUUUGUUACAGUAUAAUUUGCUGGUCUACUGGAAGUAUCUUCUCUCUCAGCUCUGUUGAUGUCUUCUGCUUCUCCGUAACUCAGAAGUUGUAAGCAGUAGCUAGUGGAAGACCAGCACGCCUCAUGUUUAUGCCUUCAGAGCUCACCCAUGACCGUCUCCUUGCUUUCAGGGAGUGUUGUCUUCACCUGGCUGCCCACGUAUCUUUCUAAUCCACUCAAGGGGUACACAAUCCCAGUGCACUGCUCAAGGUUUCCUGUCUCAGCAGUUCCACAUCUCUUAUGGUCACUUUCUCUGCUUUCUGGCUCAUUUUGUCAUUUAUCUGAAAAUGUAUUGAUCUAAAAGGACCGGGGCUGAGCACUUGGGAAACAGAUGAAAUUGUUGAUUCUGAUGUGGAAGACAAAGAUCAUUGCACAGAGUUAAGUGCUGAAGUAGAAGUUCCACAUUGUGUAGGAGCAUAGGUGUGGAGGAUCUGGGCCAGCUUCACAGAAGAGGUGACCCCAGAACUGAGAGAGCGAGCGCCAUGGCAGCUAGAGAAGAGGAUGACCUGGAGAGGAAUCUGUAGAUACGGAGAGGGGCAGUAGACAUCUCUUUGGGGAGCUGUAGUACACGGUCGAUAAUGGUCUACCUGACUUUCAGUUGCUGCCCCUGAUUUUCUUUUCUCUGAACAUUAACAAAAACAACCAGUUUUGAAAUUACAUGAACCGCCCCCCCCCACACACACUAUGGGAAUAUUCUGAGUUUUUAAAUUCCAGCAACACUAGAAGCCUUCAGGGGUAAGUGAUAAAGAGGGGCAUACAGUACAUCUUCUGGAAAACUCAUUACUAGAGAUGUUACAAAUGGUACAGAAGAGAGAUUAUCAAGACCAUUUCAAUCAACUUUGGUGACGUCUAGUUUCCAUACAGUAAAACACAUAUUUAAAGUGUACAGAGUCUUGAGAAACCAUAUACCUAUGUAACGACCAUUAGAAUAAAGAAAAAUAAUGUUCUUAUCAUUCAAACAGGUUCCCUUUUGCCCUUUCCCAGUUAGUCAUGCCCUAGUCCCAAAUACCUGCUUUGGGUCAGUGUAGAUUAGUUUCGCUUGUAAGGCUUCACAUAAAUGGACCCAUACAGUAUAUAAUUCUAUGUGUCUUGACUUAUUUUGCUUUGGCAUGUUGUAAAGACUCAACCAAGUAGUUAUGUGUUUGGGUAUCUCUCUGCUGAGUCGUGUUCUGUUGUACGGACAAACCUUUGUUCAUUGCCUGUUGAUAGAAAUUUGGGUUUCCAGAUUUGGCUUUUAUGAAUAAAACUGCUAUGAGCAUUUGUGUAAAAGUA